CCCGCUUAGCGCGAGAGUCAACCGCGCGACGUAGCCUCGUUCAGGGAGGAGAAACGGCUGGUGGAGGGAGGCGUGGCCUUGCCGGGCGUUCCCAUUGGCUGAAGGGGGUGAGGGGGGGGUCCAGAGCUGGGCGGUACCAUGUUGCGUGUGUGAGGGGAGCUCGGAGAGAGGGGCAGCUGGCGGUAGUGCCGGCUGGCCCGGUCAGCGGGGAUGGCGCGUGGGUGCUUGCGGGUUGCUGGUACUGGAAGAUGGAUCUGCCACACUGGGCUAGUUGGAGUAAUGGCUAUGAAUGAAAUCCAUCAAGUUCCAUGCUAUUUCUCGCCUUGCUUUGUAAGAGACUUCCUGUAGCCUUUGGGAGAGCUGAUCAGGAUUAAAGAUUAUUUUCCACCAUGAAGUUGAAGCAACGGGUGGUGCUUCUGGCAAUCCUCCUCGUGAUCUUUAUUUUCACCAAGGUUUUCCUCAUAGACAACCUGGACACAUCGGCAGCUAACCGUGAGGACCAGCGCGCUUUUCACCGCAUGAUGUCAAGCCUGCGGGUGGAACUGGACCCACGACUUGACCACACACUACAGUCCCCCUGGGAGAUUGCAGCCCAGUGGGUGGUGCCACGUGAAGUGUACCCGGAGGAGACGCCAGAACUCGGGGCUGUGAUGCACGCCAUGGCUACAAAAAAGAUCAUCAAAGCAGAUGUAGGCUACAAGGGCACUCAGCUGAAGGCAUUGCUCAUAUUGGAAGGGGGACAGAAAGUGGUCUUCAAACCUAAGAGAUAUGCUAGAGACUAUGUGGUAGAAGGAGAGCCAUAUGCUGGAUAUGACAGGCACAAUGCGGAAGUGGCAGCCUUUCAUCUGGACAGAAUCUUGGGUUUCCGGCGAGCCCCCAUUGUGGUUGGCAGGUUUGUGAAUCUCCGCACAGAAAUCAAACCUGUUGCCACAGAGCAGCUGUUGAGUACCUUCCUGGCGUUAGGGAAUAAUACUUGCUUCUAUGGGAAGUGCUACUAUUGCCGGGAAACAGAGCCUGCUUGUGCUGAUGGGGACACCAUGGAGGGAUCUGUCACGCUCUGGCUGCCAGAUGUUUGGCCUCUUCAGAAGCAUCGGCAUCCGUGGGGAAGGACCUACAGAGAGGGCAAAUUGGCCAGGUGGGAAUAUGAUGAGAGCUACUGUGAUGCUGUGAAGAAGACUUCGCCCUAUGAUGCAGGGCCACGGCUCCUUGACAUCAUCGAUACAGCCAUCUUUGAUUAUUUGAUUGGGAAUGCUGAUCGACAUCAUUAUGAAAGCUUUCAGGAUGACGAAGGGGCCAGCAUGCUUAUUCUCCUUGAUAAUGCCAAAAGUUUUGGGAACCCUUCCCUGGAUGAGAGAAGCAUUCUUGCACCUCUCUAUCAGUGCUGCAUCAUCCGUGUCUCUACUUGGAACAGGCUAAACUACCUAAAAAAUGGAGUGCUGAAGUCUGCCUUAACGACCGCUAUGUCCCAUGACCCCAUCUCACCAGUCUUGUCCGCUCCGCACAUCAACGCCUUGGACCAACGACUCCUGAACAUCCUGGCUACGAUAAAACAAUGUACAGACCAAUUUGGCUCGGAUGUUGUGCUGGUGGAAGAUAGGAUGACACUUUCCCAUUUAUAGCCUUUUGGACAGAGUAGAGUUGGGAUUCUCUCUUAAAAAAAACAAACGAUAGAAAAAACAGCACAAUGGGCUUUGUGUGGCCGUGAGCAGGAUAAACUGGAAAUGAAAUGCCUGGUUUUCCUGCACUGGAGAAAGAAGCAGCGACUUGAAGGUUCUGCUGAAGAUACCGGACUUGCCCUUGGGCAUCCCUCUGUAAGUCUUUGGGUGGUCCAUUGCUGGCAGUGGAUGUUGCACUGAGAGCUUCCCUGGUGCGUGUGGAGAAAAGAUCGGAACUGAGGCAUUAAGACAGACUGGUUCUAGAGAAGAGCCAUAGUCCCCCUCACUUACUCAAGGUAUACUUUUUAAAUAGUUUAGUUCAAUUCAGGGUUGUGCAGGAUUGCCUGGUUUGGAAUUCAUGAUGGCUCCCUUUUUAAAUGAGCGGCAGCAAAUUGCGGAAGAGAUUUCUUAGCAUCUUGCCUGGAAUGUGCACACACACACACACCCCCCAUCCAGAUGUCAUUCUGAUUUUUUGUGAGCCCUAAGAAAGGAUGUGUGACUAUACCUGUGGUAUUCAGUUCAGUCCUUCAAUUCCAGGAUGCUGAGGAGAGAAACUUUAUGUUGCCCCUGUGAUCUGUGCCCCAUCUGCAAGCUGAAUGGGGUCUGGAUUGUGUGGUAAUAGCAAAGACCCAACCAGUCCUAAAGAUGACUAAUAAAUUCCUCAUAGAGAUUACUUAGGCAAGCCAUUACUGUGUUCCCAUAGACAAGGGUUCUUGCUCUCUUUAAGUACAUAAUAAUUCCUUUGAUAGCUGCUAAUGCUUAAAAAAAAUCAGAUGCUGGUUCAGUUGAACCAAAUCCUUUUUCCAAAUAAGAGAAAGAGGAUUGAGCUUGUUAAUGAGAAUAUAGCUAGUCUUUCAUGAGACACACAGGAUUUGUUGCUGCACUUGGAAUAAUUUGGGCACCCCAAACUUGACAGGAAGGUUUUCUGUCAGUGGUGUCACGUCUCCUGUGACAUAGUCAUAGAUGCAGUGGUAUAGGCUCUAUCUUUGGUACUGUGUCAUUUGUCAUGCCCAAACGUUCAGCUGACUCUAGGAUCCGUAGAAUGCCUUUUUUGACUGGUACACAGUGUCUUGUUUCAACCCCAAGCUAUGAUUUGAAGGCCUUUUGAUUACUAGCCUGAAACUGAGGCUUGCAUUGAUGUUCAGAAAGCUUUAAGCAUCUCUGUUUUUAAUAAACCUGCUAGUUUUGGAAAGAACCUCCUUCCAGAAUGCUAGGAAGACAUCUGUAGAAGAUUGUUCUGUAUCUAUUGUUCACCAAUGCAUAUUCAGCCAGUUUUUAUCAGUGUUCAGUGAUUGAUUUGAAAACUGAUGCUUGGGAUUCUUGAUAAGGACUUAAAAGUAGGACCCAAAUAUUUGCCAUUCACCUCUAAAAGAAUUUUAUAUCAGCUGGGCAAAAGAUAAAAAGCCAAGGCAGUAUCCUGGCCAAGCAGAAUAAGGGUUCUUGCUUAUGUUUCAGUAACUUUCCCUGCCAUGCAGGAUUUUUAGACUUGUGUUCAUGCCAGUGAUGCUUAAAAUUGCAGCCAGCCUAAGCAGACACUAAUGCCAUUGCCAAACACUGUCUAUAGAACCAGUUUGGUGUAGUGGUUAAGUGUGCAGACUCUUAUAUAGGAGAACUGGGUUUGAUUGCCCACUCCUCCACAUACACCGCCUGAUGUGACCUUGGUUCAGCAACAAGUUCUCUCAAGGCUGUUCUGCUCAAGAGCAGUUCUGGGAGAGCUCUCUCAGCCCCACCUACCUCACAUGGUGUCUGUUGUUGGGAGGGGAAGGGAAAGGAGAUUUGUAAGCAGCUCUCAGACUCCUUUGGUUAGCGAAGGGCGGGGUAUAAAUCCAAUCUCUUCUCUUAGCAAGCUAUCAGCUUGAACAAAAAGAACAUUCAUAAUUGAAUCAGUUUCUCUAAAGGUGGUUUAGCUUGAGUAUUAGGCGUUGCAACAGGAAUAAUUAGGCAGUGGCUGCUACCGUGAGGGUCACUGGUUAGAAACAUCUUCUGGAAACAUAAAAAUGAAAAUGUGAGUGAAUCAGGCAUUAAGUUGAAAUCUGUACCAGCCAAAGCCUGCUAUUUUGACUUGUCCUGAAUCCAGAACUGAUACAGGCAUUGCUAGCGAAGGAAAUGUCAUGCAGAUUUGGCUGAGGUUCUCAGGACAUUCCCAUCUUAUUGUUCCUACAUAAUGUGUUAGGUGCAAACCAGUAUAAACAAACAUGACCCCAGGUGUUCGAUGGCUGUUUCUUUGUCACUUGAUAAUGGGAGAGAAGCUUCAAAGUACCAAAACUGAGUAUAAAAGAGCCCUCUGUAUUUUCUUUCUUUCUUGGGAAGCGGGCCAGAAGAAAUCACAUAACCUUCUACUUUCGGAUCUGAUGAACUGGAAAUGUCUCGCAAUUAAAAAAAAAAGACACUAAUUUAUUAAGAAAGUAACUUAUUUGUGUGGCCGCUGAAGUGGAAUGCUUUAGACUCGCAUCUAUUCUUGGAGCUGCCAGAGGGUCAUCCUCAGCAGCAGGUACAAAAUGGAACCUGUCAGCGGAAGAGAACACAGUGUAAUCCCGAACGUGUUACGUGUUUUCCCCAGAGUCACACUCCACAUAAACAAACAUUAUGUGAAUAAAAAUUUUAAUAAGCCAA